AUGAGCAACAAUAACUUGAAUGACUGCAAACAAGAGCCAUACAGGGAAACUGUCUUUAGACAGAGAGUGUACAGGAUUCCUGCUCUUAUCUACAUCAGCGAUGACAACAUCCUGGCAUUUGCAGAGAACCGGAAGACUACAGAUGAUACCAGCACAGUGACGCUGGACAUGAAAACAGGAAAGGUGAAGAGGCAUUAAUCCACUCAUGAGGUGAAAAUUGAGUGGAAAGAGCUAAAACCAGUGAACAAGGCACAUCUUGAUGGAUACCGUCCUAUGAACCCCUGCCCGGUGUAUGACAAGAAAAGCAAAACACUUUUCCUGUUUUUCAUCUGUGUCGACGGCACAGUCUCAGAGUGGGAGCAGAUAAAAUUGGGCAUCAACAAGACCCGUCUCUGCUACAUCAAGAGUAAAGAUUAUGGCCAAAACUGGAGUCAGGUGACUGAUUUGACAGAGGAACUGGAUGAAAUCAAGCAGUGGGCCACAUUUGGUGUUGGGCCAGGCCAUGGUAUUCAAAUGGAGCGUGGUAGAUUGAUUGUCCCACUUUAUGCUUAUUAUCAUCAUAUAAUUUGUUGCAUGUCUUCUUCCAAUGUAUUCUGCCUGUACAGUGAUGAUCAGGGUAAUACUUGGAAAUUGGGCCAUAAAUUAGGAAAAAAAUCGAAUGAAUGUCAAAUGGCAGAGGUUUUUGAUGAUGAAGGCAACAGCAUAAUUUACUGCAAUGCCCGUAGUAAGAAAUGUCAUCGAGUAGAAGCUGUCAGCAGCAAUAAGGGAGAAGAUUUUCGCAUUUUGCCUUCUGGUGCACUUGUGGAAACAGGUGGAGGCUGUCAGGGAAGUGUGGUCUCCUUUCCAGCUCAAAGUGAAGGUGCACAUGCAGGCCAGAACAAGUGGCUGCUCUUCAGCCACCCAACCGAUAAGUGCCACAGGGUUAAUUUAGGAGUGUAUCUGAACAGAUCCCCACAGAAGCCAAACAAAUGGAGCAAACUCAGGAUCAUAAACCAUGGACCCAGUGGUUAUUCAGAUCUGGCCUACAUUGGUGAUGGUUGGUUUGUAUGUUUAAUGGAGUGUGGGGAGAAGACAGAAACUGAGCAGAUAGCCUGUAAGGUUUUUAGCUACAAAGAGGUUGAGCUGGGCAUUAAAUAG